AGUAAAUUUGUGUAGUAGGCUUUUUCUCAAAAACUUAGACAUGUGUACAAAAUUAUAAUUGAUGUUUAUUACGUAACAACAGUAGACCAAAUUUUUGUAACUCCAAAACACGUCCAUGGACGAAUGGCGAGGUCAUCAGUGGGUUUUGUGUGCCCUGGCGGGAAUAAUCGGAUUUGUAUGUGGGGCCUUUGUUCAGCAAGAGGCGUCCAUAUGGCUACUUUUCCAGCAGAUUCGAAGAGAUCCUUAUGUUUACCACCAUCGUCAUAAGUUGUACCCCAUGCUCUGCACCUUUAGGAAACCCGAUUAUGAAACCCGAUUAUGGAACGGUUCCACUUCCUUGGCUGGCAAAUUCAGAGAGCUAAUAGUAUUACCUAUUUUUGAUUAUGUUAGCGCUGCUCUGAUGCUUAAAACGGAUUCAGCCACUUCAACUGAUCUGCUGGGCUUAGUCAAAUACGGACUGCCCAGCAUAGAGAACUUGUAUGUCCACAAGGACUACAUUGUUGCACGGGACAUGAGCACAAAUGCUCCCAGAUGGAUUUGUGAGCAUAUCCGGGGGGAUUACCAAAAGAUUGGGUCAGAUGAGGGCGGCUAUAGUACAUUGAAUCUCCGCUAUAAUGACGUCUAUGUACUGAGCUGCGGUGCGACGAAGAUCUGUAAGGCUUUCAAGGGGCGUAUAUGGAACGACCUGGAGAAAUAUGUGUCCACAAAGGCUCAGGAAUUUGGCUCAGUGUAUACGUACACUGGACCGAUUUACACGCCCUCCUGUCAUGAGAAUGGCAAAUGGUCCAUGAAAUAUGAGGUGUUCGACUGGACUCCAAUGCCCGUUCCCUCGCAUUAUUUCAAGGUCCUGAUCGUGGAGUCCCGUGUUCCUGUGUUGUAUUCUUUUAUGGAGGGUUAUAUUAUCAAAAACAGUCGUUUGGUGGGUGGCAAGUUAAGUGAUCACCGGGCAAAAAUUGGCGAUAUCGAACGUUUUACGGGUCUGCAAUUUAAUAAUGCAAAUAAAAAUGUGGGCUUUGGAAAUGUUUGAGUUAUUAAAAUCCAAAAUAUAUGAAUAAAGAAAGUA